AUGCCUGCAGUAGAAAUUCCGCAAAAUGACGCUGUAGCUUCACUCAUGGGCCGGAACAAUCUUCAAGAGGAGACCGCAGGCGGCCUAUUAUCAUGGAGGAAAGGAAUUUACUCGACGCUCGGAAUCUUAACAUUCUUUUACCUCACAACGACCAUAACUCUAUUUUACUUAAGAAGGCAUAAAAUUUCGGACAUUCGAUAUCGUCCGUUACGAUUGAACUUGCUGAAUUCUCUAGCCACAAUCAUGCUGUGCGUGAUGUUUUGUUUUCGCUCUGGAUUCUAUCCUUACGGAUUCCCUUGCUUCAUCAUACACUGGACAUCUUACAUAGGUUACUUUUUGUAUUUCACAGCUUUAGCCUGUAGGGUAUUUUCGUUCGCCUGGGUGGCGAGAUACAAUAUUGCUAAAUUAAGAAUGAGCAUGGCAUGUAAUUCAAACCUUCAUUCAAUUAUUGCACCGCAAACUCCAAGAACACCCGUUGGGGAAAGGGAUCUUGAUUUUCUUGGUUUGCGGUUAAUGCUUAGAUUAAAGAAAUUCAAACAUUACGCCACAGACGAAUGGUUGUCCGUGUGGGUCUUAUGCCCAGUUCUCGGAUUUGCUUUUGUCCUCGCCCUCGUUACGCAAAUCCUGUCUCCCAACCUCUCUAUCCAUCCAGUUCAAACAAGGUGUCCAAUCGGAGUUGAGUCAUUUAAAACACAUGCCCUGAUGGAAGUCCUCGAAUCAACGUCAAAUGAUGGGACCAAGUCGAAUAACCAGAGCUCAUUGAAGUCAAAGAAAUACGAGUUAUUUGAAAAGGUCCUUGCGGACGCCAAGUUAUUCGAACUUUAUAAAGUAUGCACGGCGGCUUGUUUCUGUACGGAAUUAAUUCUCUUCCUGAGAGAAUUUCAAUAUCUAAAAAUGCUAGUGAUUCGAUGUUGUACUCCAUCAAACCGAGAAUUAUUGCCACCACCAACACCAAAUCUUGUUAUUGCUGAAACCGGACACAUUUCAUUUCCGGAGACGCCUGGGUUUCCCUCUCCAACACCGUUGUCUCCAACUUUCAUAUCAAACACACCGUGCACGAAAUCCAUAAUCGAAACUGUCACAGCAGCAUCGUGGAUACCAUUUCCGUACGAAUUAAAAUCCGACUAUGCUAUGUUUUAUGAUACAUUCUUGAAUCCUGAUUCCGACCUCUCGAUAAAUUUCUCGGGAAGUUUAUUGAGUGAGGCAAAGGAAAAGAUCGAGAAAGAACAAUACGACCUGUCAAUGUAUGAAAGUGCUCGGGAGGAAGUGUUGACCUUGUUAUACGUGAAUACAUUUGAAAAGUUUUUGAAGAUGUGCGGACCCGAGGUGAAGAGUCGAAAAUGGGAUUGA